AUGGGGUGUCCUGGGGCCGCCAUGAUCUUGGCUUUCUUGGCGACUGCCGCCGCCUACCCGUCGAGCCUAACCUGCGACUUUGCCUGCAUGGGCAACUAUAUGCCCGGCAGCAGCUUCGGGUACAUGGGCGUUGCCAACAUUGGCAACGAGACGGGCACCAACUGCGUGGUCACCACAAACAUCCCUUCCAGUGGGUUCGUGACCAAUGAGACCUACACAGUGACGGUGACUUCGAUGACCAAUUUGGCACAGAGGGUGGUGGCCAGCGCGGGAAACUUCGGCAUCAACGGCAUGGUGUCCAACACUGGAGCGUAUUUUGGAAAGGGAACCUCCGAAAUACAUUCCUGGACUGCCAGCGGCGACAGCUCGUCUGUGACCUUUCGAGUUCUUUGUGGGUCUUCCCAGGAGAUGUGGUAUGCCGACACCAUGGUAAGCGCCGCCACCACCACUUCAACCACAAACACGGGAACCACAACCACAGCAGCGACCGUGAACAUGGCCAUGAGAUCCAUGAGUGCAGCGCCGGCGUUGCCGCUGCUCGCGAUGCUGGCCUUGAGCGUUUGA